AUGGGAACCAGCUGUGUCCUGAUCGUGGCUUUCCUCUUGCAGGUUCGCGUGAUGGAGCGUCGACUUGAGUGGAGCGGCGGGAGCGGCGGAACAGGCGGCGGAGAGGGAGGAGGAGGAGGAGGCGGAGGUGGAGGUGGAGGAGGAGGCGGAGGCGGCGGCGGUGACGGAGCGGGCAGCGGCGAGGAGAUGGAGGACGUGGAGGUGCUGCACGUGGAGAUGGUGGAGAAGGAGGCGGUCAUCACGACGCUCUCGACCCAGGUGGAGGAGCAGCAGAGACAGCUUCGCCUGCAGGACGCGAAGAAGGUGGAGGCCAAGGCGGCGAAGAUCAAGGAGUGGGUCACCAACAAGCUCAAGGAGCUUGAGGACCAGAACGCCCACCUCCGGGAGCAGAACGCCAAGUGUAACGUUCAGUUGGAGCUGCUGCGGGGACGCCUGGCGCACCUCUCCACCAUGCACACCGAGAGGGACAGAGAUACAGAGAGGUUAUGGAAAAGGAGAUCGCUAAGUCUGCCGAAGGACUCCUCCCGGGGCAGCUACGAGGGGGACAGACCCGAUAGCGAUGAGUCUCUCCCCGAUGGAAGGAACGAAGCUGACUACAUCCCAUCCCGUCCAGCCACCCUCGGCAGAGACCGACGAUCAAAGUCAAGACUGUUGCCUCCCAGAUCACCGGCCGGCCUGCGCAGGGCAAGCUCCAGCGACACAGACGCCAACUACGGGGAAAUCCGCUUCAAGUCUCGCCACAACGGCCUCCAGCGAACCAACCUGGAGAGGAGGCCAUACCACGAGGACAAGAGGCCCAGGGACUCCCGGGUGGACUCCGGCUCAGUGGACCUGGAGACCCCCCAGAGCCUCAGCCCAAAGAGCCCUCUGGAGGCCAUGCUGAACAGCCUGACGCAGAGCACCGGCAGCCUGCCAAGGAGUCGAGGGGACAGCCCGAGGAAACCGGUGCCGCAGCCUCGUACAAAGCACCUCAAGAAGGGUGGAAGUGUGCCCGCCUACGUCACGAAAAGUGCUGAUAGUCUUGACCUGGAGCUUGACAGUUACGACAACACCGAGAGCACGGACUCUAGUCAGUUGUUGAGCUGCGGGGACAGCCACUUGAGUGACGAAGGCCGGCGGUCCCGCGCCAAGGACGAGCUCCAUGACUAUAGUGAAAUAUACACUCCGAGCCGUGACCACACCAGCGUGGUGGCUCAGGAGGGCCUCUCGGGGUCUGGGGGUGCCGGGCCAGGGGAGGCGGGCAGCAGGGUGAGGACCUCCGGCCUUGGAAGCUACCCUGAGAUCCACGUCCCGGUGUACGCAGCCGUCAAAGGGCGCGCCAGUCAAAUCCGUUCAGUUCCAUUCACCGGGGACUCAUCAGACUCCUCAGAUGGUGAGGACCACUGUGGGGGCUCAGACUCCAGGGGGCUGUCCUCCCACACCCCUUCCUCCUCCGCCGAGUCCUCCUCCAGCUCACCCUCCAAGAGCAAAACCUCCUCGCUCUCCCCUGCCAAGCUCUCCGGGUCUUCCCCCUCCAAGAGCAUGAGGAGUUUCUUGAGCAGUGAGUCAGCGCCGGCCACCACUGAGAGACUUCAUGAAGUUGCCGAGGAUUACAGCAGUCGGCUAUCACAGGAUUCAGCCGACUAUGCUGAUUAUGCCAUCCCUCCAGAUGCUAUGCCAGAUUCUUUGCCAGAUUCAGUGCCCGCCUUGAGGCUCCCGGAUACAUCCUUUGAGUCUGGCGUGUCCGAUGAUUAUGCAAUCCCACCAGAUGCCCGAAGUGACAGUGGGUCGCUAGAAUCUACUAUGGCACCCACCAUCAGUGCCAGGACAUCUUGUGUUGAAACUACCACAAAUACUCUUACGUCAAGCCACAUUGGCACCGUGUCGCCGCGCCGGGAGAGCUCCCUGGAGAAGAUGGGUUACCUCACCAAGCUCGGAGGCAAGCUCAAGACCUGGAAGAAGCGCUACUUUGUGCUCAAGGACGGAACGCUGACCUACUGGAAGAGUCAGAGUGACAUCCAUCGCAAACCGGCGGGCCAGAUCACACUCAACGAGGUGUGUCGGGUCACGAGGUCCGAGGGCGCCCACACCUUUGAGGUCAACACGGGCAAGAAGACUUACUACCUCACUGCAGACAACACGGCCCUGGUGGAGGACUGGGUCAGGGUUCUCCAGAAUGUACUGAGAAGAAACGCCACCAAGCUGCUGCUGAGUAAAGAGGACAACAAGCCCACCCUACAGGGCUGGCUCACCAAGGUCAAGCACGGCCACGCGCGGCGCUGCUGGUGCGUCCUCAUCGGGAAAAUGUUCAUCUACUUCAAGAGCCCCAACGACCAGAACCCCAUAAGCCAAAUCAACAUGAGGGAUGCACGCGUGGAGGAGGUGGAGAAGGUGUCUGACUCCGAGGGUGAGGACACAGUGGAGGAGGACACCACGAGGGAAGACCUGACCAUCGGCAUCUUCCCCUCCCACCAGGGCCCGACGUACCUCAUCAUGCCCAACAAACAAGAGAAGGACAACUGGCUGUACCACCUGACUGUGGUGUCCGGCGGAGGCCCCAACGCCGGGACUCAGUAUGAACAGCUGGUGCAGAAACUCAUGGAGCUUGAUGGAGACCCAAACUGUGUGCUGUGGAGACACCCGCUGCUGCUGCACACCAAGGACCCCAUCACCUCCCCGCUCACCUCCCUGCCAUCCUCACAGCUUCAGGCGGAAGCCAUCAAGCUAUUUAAGGCCUGCCAGCUGUACACGUCAGUCUUGAUGGACUCGUCGGGUAUAGACUAUCACGUGGUGCUGUGUCAGAACGCUCUCCAGCAGUGCCUCACGUACCCUGAGCUGCAGUCCGAGCUCCUCAGUGCUCUGAUCAAACAGACAUCGAAACACCUCCAAGCCAAACCAGGGGUCCAGGUAACCAAGACUCUGAACAAAAUCAAGCACUCCCGAAACCUGCUCCUCUGUGCCACACAAUCCCUGUUUUUGUGUGACUCCUCGGGCGCACAGAAAGCCUCCCCCACGCUGGGCAGCGGCCAGUCCCUGCCGGCCGACCCCAAGAUCAACCCUCCCUCCUACACCUUCAUCCAGGGCUGGCAGUUCCUGGCCCUGGCUGUCUCCUUGUUUGUCCCCAAGAACAACAAGCUGCUGUGGUACCUCAAGCUGCACCUGGAGAGGAACGCUGACACCAAAACUGAGGUUGGGAAGUACGCUGCAUAUUGCCAGCGAGCCCUUGAGAGAACCCUGGAGCAUGGAGGUCGUGAGGCAAAACCUUCCAGGAUGGAGGUUCUUUCUAUCUUAUUGAAGAAUCCAUACCACCACUCGCUGCCCCACGCUAUACCCGUCCACUUCAUCAACGGAACAUACCAGGUAAUUGGCUUUGAUGGCUCAACCACCAUCGAAGAGUUCCUGCAAUCACUCAACCAGGAGAUUGGCUGCCGGGAUGUCCAGCAGUCAGGGUUCGCUCUCUUCUCCGACGACCCCAUUGAGAAGGACCUGGAGCACUGCCUCAACCGGAACGCCAAGCUGUGUGACGUCAUAUCCAAGUGGGAGACGGCGCUGAGGGAAAAGGGCUCCGGGAAGUUUGAGAACACCAAAGUGAUCCGCCUCCUAUACAAGUCCCGAUUAUAUUACCGAGCGGCGUCCAAGCAUGAGACUGACAAGGAGAAGCUGCUGCUGUGUUACCAGGUCAACCAGCAGAUCCAGCAGGGCAAGUUCCCCAUCACCUGGGAGUUGGCGCUGGAGUUGGCAACACUUAUGGCACAGAUUGACAUGGGCGAGGUGAACAGCGAGCGGUCCCGAGGCUCAGGGUCGUCCGGGCCCUCCACGGCACACAUCCAGCAAGCCUUCAACAAGUUCUACCCCGCCAGGUACAGGGAAGACCUCUCGGAUGAGGACACCAAAAACUUGCUGGACAGCUUACAAGAGAAGUGGAUCAGCCUUCGGGGGCGGCCACAGAGUGACUGUGUCCGCAUCUACCUAACCUGCACCAGAAAAUGGCCUUACUUUGGAGCAACGCUGUUCCCCGCAGCAACGCCCACCCCAGACGGCCCUCCAACGCCGGUGUGGGUAGCCGUCAGCGAGGACGCCAUCACACUGCUGGACUACACCACAAUGGUGUCUGUUGGCAGGUACGGCUACAGCUCCGUGGUCACCUUUGGAGGCUGUCAAGAGGACUUCAUGCUGGUGGUGCACACGCCUGAGGAGGACAGCGCCCACCACCCUCCCGGCACACACAAGCUUCUGCUCUGCAUGAACAAACCAAAGAUCCUUGAGCUCACCCUCCUGAUAGCGGACUACAUGAACGCCCUGGGUCGGCCCGUCCCCGGCACGCCCCAGACCGGCACGCUGACCCGCCACGGCUCCCGGCGGUCGGCGCGCUCCCACAUCACCUCCAUCCCCGGCCAGCCCGACCUAGUCAAGAUGACCACCGAGGUCGACAACAAGCUCCAGCGCCUGGACGCCAAGCGGAGGGCGCCGGUGGACUCCUCUGUUGUCUGACCCUCAGUUCAGGCUCGGGCAUCCUGAGUCAGGUUCAUGCUCGGCCCGACCGCCACACUGUGAUAACGAUUCACUGUCCUCCCGUGUGCUUUCCUGUUUGUAAGGAAAUGUAAUCAAAUGUACUGAAUACUGCUAGACCAAUACAUCAAAGCUUCAGUUACUUGCAGGGGGAAUAGGUAAGUAGACUUGCAUGAUAAGCAACGUUACCUAAUGUGAAUUUGAAACAUCUUUUGUGGCCGAGCAUUAUUAUUAUUAUUUUUAAGAAAUCUUGAUUUGCUUCUCAUAGCCAGUAACUUACUUUAGCUUGAAAUUUGUACUAAUAUGACAUUUGGGGUAACUCGUUUGAAAUUGUAAGGGGCACAAAAUUCUGGUUUUCUAAUCAGUGAGGAAGGAAAAUCCCAGGUCCUACAGUCAAUAAUGUGCCUUAUGCUGCACUGGAUACCAUGGAACAAGACUCUUGUUUCUCUGAGUUACAAUAAUUCUGAAAGUGCAUAAAUGUGAUGAUGCGAGAGUUGCAAGAAAUUUCUUCACUAUUCAGUACUACUCUGAAUGGCUUCACAACACUAGUCCAUUGUACACCUAGUCGUGGAAGGAAGGAGUGACUCCCAGCGAGGGGAGGAGGCAGCCAUCUGGAGACCAGCAGAACAAGGACGCUACAGUAUAACAUAAUACAUAGAGAGAUUUGUUUCCAUUGCAUCAUACUUACAAGGUUCAAUUGAGACAUGAAAGCCCAAAAUUGAGCACAGAGCAAAAUGUCUAUGGCAGGAUAAGUAAGAUGAUCCUUAACAGUGAGACCCUUUUUAUAUUUUUCCAACAGACUGAAUAGAAAUGCAUGUUGAUGACACUUUACAGCAAGAAACUUUAAUCUAUUGAAGCUAUAGACUUUAUCAGCCUGUCCUUGGGAGGGACCAACUGUCCUUAGUAACAUGGUUGCAGGUCGUAUUGAGGCUGCAUUACACUUAUUGGGAAAAAGUAUAUUUUUUUCCAGGAAUGCAUAGGUUAUUACAUAUGAAAAUUUAUAUAUGUAUAUUAUAUUUUCACAAUUAUGUCAGAUCCUGAUAUCCGUAGUCACACAUAGUACACUUCACAUACUGAAGACAUUUGUUUUAACCCUUCAGAUAACCCUUGGAAUUUGGGAGACAAGAUUAAUUUUCUAAAACACACACAGUCUUUAUGAACACCCAGGCAUAGGCAGGACAGCUGUUACUCAUUUGUACAGACACUGAACUGAUCAGCUGUUCUUUGAAAUACUGUUAUUGCAUUUUCUAAUGAGACUGACAUGCAUUUAUUUAGAGCUAACAUUUACUUUAUUUUCUGCAAUAACAAACAAAAAAAUCAUGAACAAAAGUAGUUUGUGAUGUUAAUUCAUCACUGCAGUUGCAGUAUUGGAGGCAAUGAUAUGCCUUCAUGAAUUCUUAUGGUGUUCUUAACUCAAACGGUAUACAUUUAUUUUCCUAAUACCAUUGCAUUACAACCCAGUCACACAGCACACAGUACUAUGAAUGAAACAACUAAAUAUAUUUAUGAAGUAUAGAAUAUGCAAUGAGGGCGACACAAGCAAGGGUUCAGGAAGCUUUACUCAGGGGGACGCCUGGCAGGACACCAGAGGAGGGAAGGAAGGAAGGAAGGACUGUACCAUAGUAGGUUAAGGGAGGAAGGGAGACGCACAGGGCUGGCGUGCAUGCUUGGUGAGUCACACACUACCAGGUGUAGGAUGCCACGUAUAUUCAUGAAUGCUAAUGUACAUUUUCUGUUCAAUUCCAGUGAAAAAUAAUUAUAUUUCUCUGUGGUUAUGAAAACCUAGGUAAAUGUUUGUAAGUGACACACUUGUUAUGCUAGUUUUUCUCAAUUACUAUUAUUACAUUUUAAGCUCUUAUGUUCGAAUGCUGUGUUGAGUUAAAAAAAAGACUUCCAUUAGCUGUGUAGAGUGAAAUAUUGUGCUGGAGUUGAAGUGGUGCUGUGGAGGCAUCACUCAGAUGGAAGCACAGCAAAGGCCAGCCAGCAAAACAUGAACUAAAUUGAAGUUUGGAAUGUGAGUGUAAGUAAAAUUGUCAAACACUAAUCUUGGUGGUCAUUCUGCAGCAUUGAGUGUGAUGCUCAAAUGAACGGUGCACAGCCUCCAGCACAAAGGGACUAGCUCAAUGAAUCACACACACAAAUUUGUAACCUUGUUCAACUUAUUCUCGAGCCAUUAUCUGUACGCCUUCACCAGGAGGAAACCACACACGAAACUAUAUAAAGAGGCUGAAAAAUCAAUCUCACAACACUGAUGGCAACGGCUCCAAGAGGCGUCAGAAUAAUAUUAAAAGCAGGAAAAUCUAAUAGCAAUAAAGUACCUAACUUCAUGACUGACAGAAUGAUCACUUGUAUAUGUUAACCGGACCAUCAACAAAUUGGCUUCUGAACAGGCUUAUGUACUUUGAAAAUCAUGUAUGUUGUGAGUCCAGAGGCUUCAUUCACUGCAUGUGUGGCAAAGGAAAUGAAGCUUUGUCCAGUAGCCUCAGCUUCCACACAGGAAAGAGAAGAUAUUCUAGACUUAACCCCUUGACUGCAGAUUUCCUACCAAGCUACAGGAAUGGAACAAAAAGUGGCUGCUACAAUUCAAUGAAGAAAAAUGUAAAGUCAUUCACCUUGGGAGGGGAAAUCCAGCUUACCAGUACCACAUGGAAAACACUCCACUAUCCACCACAGAGGCAGAGGAAGUAUAUGUUACAAGGCUACCAGUGAAGGCGAAAUCCGUGCCAAUCACAGCGGACGGGUUAAAAAAAUGAGAAUUCCAAUGAGAGAAAAAAAGUCACCCAUAUUAUCAUCACUGUCAUCAUCACCACUACCAUCGUCACCAUCAUUAGUAGCCCCAGUUUCCACACAGAGAAAGAGAAAAACAGCCAUUGGAAAGUGAGAAUUCCAAUGAAAAAAAGUCAUCUUGAUACGCAGCCUUCAUACCCAUGCCACGGGGACACAGUUGGGGUUGUUUACGAGGUCAUAACUUUGUACAGAAAGGGGAAAAUUAAUGCUAUCAGACAGCCACUUCCCUCUCUGACCACAGGAGCAAACAAAGGUGCUUGCAUUGAGGAAGUGUCAAGGUCCACAGAUGCCAAAUGCUCAAUGCCAUAUUCCAAGUUUUGCUAUUCAUGAAGGUGCCUCAAUGUGGUCAUUUUGAUACAAGUUAUUGGAGGGACAGGAAGUGAGCAUCAUGAUUUAGGGAACAGACAAAGGUUGAAGACAUUCUAAUGAUUAAGAGCAAGAAAAUAUAACAAGAAAUGAACCUGGUAACAGAUGAACAACCCGCACAACAGAAUGGUAACCCAGAGAUUACAUAAGUCCAGGCCAGCAGAGAACCAAGUGGAGAGAUGAAGCUAGAACCUUUGCCGGAGCAGGGCGACACCAGACAGAGAGGUGGAGGUUGGGGAAAGCCUUUGCUUGCCCUGCAGUGAGCUAGUAAUGGCUGAGGAUGAUGAUUAUUCUCAUACAUUGGCCAUACUCAGGCCAUGCAGGAGCUGUGAGUGUUAGGCAAACCAUCCUCUGUGACUGUGCUCCCUAAAUCAUCUGAAUAUUGUUUUUAAUCAAAGUUUAGGCCCCAUGUUUGUCUGUCUUAGAUGGCCUGACACUCUCUUUGAUAUUCCUUUUCAAUUAUUAUUUUUGUAACUCCGUGUGUCUGGAGCAGCUGAGAGUGUUGAAUGAUAUGUCUCAUUCACGGGGCGUGUCACUGUGCCGUGUGCACGCCCUCACAGCCCGUGGCAGUAUGUGAACAUGAUGUUAAGCUUCAGGCAGUAAAGCAUUACCUACCCUUGAGUCAGAACAACACUGCUAUGGUACAGUUGAUAAAAUGUUGGCAUGAUGCUAAAGACUUGGAAAGGAAAUUUUCCCCAGGUGAAAAAAUUAUUAAAACAUUUUACUCAAAAAACUUCCUAAAUAAUCUUCAUGUAUGUCAUGUCUUAGGGAGAUCAAUGAUUAUUGUGAUACUCACUAUAUAUAUAUAUAUAUAUAU